GUUUUCUUUUUUCAAUUUUUAAGGAAACUUUUAUUUUCUUUUCACUUUUUGGACUUGGAACCAGCAAAUCUUUCACCCAGUAAUUUUUUAGAAAGCACAGAAUUUUGCAAUGAGUGCCAGCUGAAGGAGGGUAUGAUUCUUGAAGAACUGCAAGGGAGCUUGGUGACGCGACUUGGAUGUUCGAUGAAAGGCCAAGCUGAGAGUCAUGCAUGUUGGAUGUUGAUCACUGCUGGAACAAGGAACGGCGCCCAAAUUCUUAUUCUCCCUUGCGAGACUCCAUUUGAACCUACCUCCAGCGGUGUCUCACAUAGUCCCAAGCAGUCGAAGCCCCCUCCUGACGAAGGCCUGAAACCUAUUGCUUCUCUCGUCUAUCGCAACCCUUCCACUUCAAAGCACUGCUGUCUCGCUUUCUCUUCUCAGGAUUGUAAGAUGGCCCGGAAAGGUCGAUUCACGAAAAAAUCAAAGUUUGGACCAGGGUUUCAGCAACCUCAAACGGAAGCGAAUGCGACGUCGGACCCCCACCAUGAUGGCUCUCAAAUUCACCCGAACAGUGGGGAUAGUGUCCCUGCAAGCGGUGAUUUGGUUUCCGCUACUUCACGCCCUUUCCGUCCCCCGCGAAGUGAACCAGGGCCUGCUCCACAGAUGAGCACAAACAGUGUCCGGAACUCGCUGCCAGGCCAUCUAAACUUGGACGCUAAUGCAAAUGAGGAAACCCUUCCUGAUGAAGAAGUUGACGACCUUCAUGAUGCUUCUGGAGCUCAGAGCCGCAGAGGACGCAAGACUACAGAGUUUUGGGCGGUUAAGACCAUCGAUUCUGACGGCACAAUCAAGCCGGCAAAAUUAAGCGUGAGGGAGGCUAUGGAACGGCCUAACGGUAGGAAGAUUGUGCUCAGGUUCAACAAUGCAAAGCAAGCUAUUGGGGACGAAGCUGGACUGUUGAGUGGCAUGCUUGGUCUGCUGGGAUCUGAUUUUGGAAAAUUUCCCAUCUGUAGAACAAGUUGGCGUGAGAUUACUACGAAAGACAAGGUCUAUAACGAAUGUGUCAAGCAAAUAUUCCACUUUGAUGAAGACAGCGAAGGAAUUAUAAAGAAAAAUAUUUUGAAAAGUAUGGGGAAGUCUUGGAAGGAAACAAGGCUGAGGUUGUAUGACCGUUUUUAUGAGCCAACAUUCACGACUGAACAAAAUCUUGAGAAUCGACCGCCGGGAAUUGAUCGAGAGCAUUGGAGAUGGUACCUUGACUAUCGCGCCAAACCUGAGACGAAGGAGAAGUGCAAGAAAAACGCGGUCAAUCGAUCAAAACAACAAUAUACUCACACUGGCGGCUCGAAAAGUUUCGCACGGCGGAUGGAAGAAGAGUCGGAAGAACAAGGAAGGAUAGUCGGUAGAGGGGAGUUGUGGAUCAAGGUGCACAAGAAAAAGGAUGGCUCAUAUAUCAAUGAUGAAGCGAGAGCAAUUGGUGAAAGAAUUGAGGAGAUCGAGCAACAUGAUGAGUCUUCUAGAAUGUUGUCUCAGAAUGAUUCCAUUGCUCAGGUUUUCGGAAAAGAGAAACCGGGCAGAGUACGUGGUGUGGGUUCUGGACCGACUCCUAGCCAACUCUUCGGUCCGAAUUCACAUGCAUCUGGCAACGGAGUCCAACAAGAGGAGACUCAGAGGAAGCUGCUUGAACUGCAGGCAGAGCUAGAAGGCGAGAAGUUGAAGAGAAAGGCGAUCGAGGAUGAGGCAGCAUCAGAUAAGAAAAAGUUGAAGGCGAUGGAGAGUGCUCUAAUUUAUCUGUUUCAACGGCAGGGUGAGGAGCUUCCCCCAGAAAUCGCUGCAGGGAUGAGUUUCGUGGAAUGAUAGAGUGAAAAUAGAAUAUUAGGAUUUUACCUUAUUUUGCAUUGAAGCAAACAUUUUAUUGAAUUAGACUGAGCAACUCUACAGAAUAGAUUUAUUUACUUCGUAUUUUGAUGGAUAAAUAACUUUGUUUUGCUUAUAUAGUCAAUUUUGUUUUUGCUAC